UUUGGAAGCAAGAUGUCGAACCGAGUGGUGUGCAGGGACGCGAGACACGCCGGGAGCUGGUACUCUGCUUCGGGAUCCCAGUUGAAUGUGCAACUAGAAGGUUGGCUGUCUCAAGCACAGCCCACUCUCAGUCCUGCUAGAGCCAUCAUAGCACCACACGCUGGUUACACCUACUGUGGUGCUUGUGCAGCACAUGCCUACAAGCAGGUUGAUCCCUCAAUAACUCGUAGGGUCUUCAUCUUGGGACCUUCGCACCAUUUCCCGCUCUCCCGGUGUGCCCUGUCAUCCGCAGACAUCUAUAAAACACCGCUCUACGACCUGAGAAUUGAUCAAAAGGUAUAUUCUGAACUCUGGAAAACGGGGUUGUUUGAUCGGAUGAGUCUGCAGACGGACGAAGAGGAGCAUAGUAUUGAAAUGCACUUGCCUUACACUGCUAAAGCCAUGGAGAGCCACAAAGACGAGUUUAGCAUCGUGCCCGUGCUUGUUGGCGCACUAAGUGAGACUAAGGAACAGGAAUACGGGAAGCUGCUCAGCAAGUAUCUGGCAGAUCCUUCCAACCUCUUCAUCAUCUCAUCGGACUUCUGCCACUGGGGCCAUCGUUUCCGCUACACAUACUAUGAUGAAUCUCAAGGAGAGAUCUACAGAUCCAUUGAACAUCUUGAUAAAAUGGGGAUGGGCAUUAUAGAGCAGAUGGAUCCUAUAUCUUUCACCAACUACUUGAAGAAGUACCGCAACACAAUCUGUGGUCGUCACCCUAUUGGAGUGCUGCUAAAUGCCGUGGCCGAGCUGAGGAAGAGUGGUUUUAAUAUGAACUUCACUUUCCUGAACUAUGCUCAGUCGGGGGAGUGCAGGACCUGGCACGACAGCUCUGUGAGCUACGCCGCCGGCUCCCUCGUCGUUCAUUGAGCUGGACGUCCAGACGGGACCCCGCCCUUACUAUCUAUCGCCAUAACCCGAGCCCCGACACCCUCCCGCGCCCCAUCCUCCAGUACAAUCUCGCAGGAAGGACCUAGACACUCCAAGCCAAUGCAGUCUCCUCUCCCCCUCCACCCCCCAUCCUCCUCUCAGUUUGAAGUGCAUCUCAGAACCCAAAGGUUGACUCUUUCUGUUUGAAGUGCAGUUUUGAGAUUAUACAGAAGCAAAACCAGACAGGGGUGAUGACAUCGUAGAUAAGCUGUCACAUGGGGAGGUAGGAAUCUGAUUUAGGCUCUUUCCAAUUGUUCUUUUUUUUUAGUCCUUUUGCUAUUUUUUGGGGAUUGAUUGGAUUUGUAACUAACCUUGGAAUUGCGGCAAUCUGUGCUCAUGUUCCUCGCCGCAGAGAAGGAGCGAAAAUAAAUCCUCGGCUCAGAAGAACGCAGAUGAAAAUAAAAGUUUUGUUGAGCUUGGAGCUGCAUGCACUUGAAACGAGUGUCCAAACUCAUAAAAUUGCUAACAAAAGGGCUGCAUCCAACAAAGUUCAAUUUCACAGAACCAAAAAAAACGAAAAACAAACCCUUGUAUUAGUUGAAUCUAUCUUUCCUGUUUUGGUUAUUAUCUAGCCCUUUCUUAUUAGACGUGGCUGUAUUUACUCAGUAGUUUGUAGGCUCAAUCUGCAGCUGUGUAUUUUAAGGAAUUAGAGAACACGGUAUUAUAGCUCACGCUGUCUCGUUCUCUCAUCCCAAUUUGUAACGUAACAUUCUAACUUGACGGCAUUCUGGGCGGACAGGUGGCUGAUGGGUCAUAUUUGAGGUUUGGUGUUCCAAUUUGGCUGUUUUACAUGGUUAUUUUGGCUCUCUAGAUCGAACAACUGUCGUCAUGUUCAAAAAUAAAUAUUGGAAUUUCCCUUAUUUCCUUGAAUUUAUGAUCACUAGACGCCCACGUCUCCAAAAGUGUGAAAUUUCACGCACGAUUGAUGCUUGCUCUGGGUGUUGCUGGUCAGCCUCCUGCCCAUUACCCCUCCUCUCAGAAGCCGUCACAGACGACUGAAGUUGAUAACAGAAAUCCAGUGAACUCUUGUUUACAUGUGGACCUAUUGAACCAGAACAAUGUUACAGACGCGACUGACCAAAGCAUACACGGUCUGAGUUGACACAAUUUACGUUGCUUUAAAAUGUGCGUUGGUCACAUUUUUGAUAAUCCGUACAAAGCCAUAAAACAGUGCUCUGCUUUAAGACUUUUCUAGCUGUUACACGAAACAAUAACUCAAAUGAUUUUCACUCUUCAGUAACCAGAGGGACACGAUGAGUCAUGCCGGCUCUCAACACUAGAGGCAGCAGCAGCAGCACACUGUUCUCUGCUCUCGCUUCAGUCCAGUAUUCCCCGUUCUAGUCGAUGCAGUCCGUUAUAUUGAGCAUAAAAGGCUUGAGAGGCUUGAACCCAGUGGGCACAGACUGAAAGACCAACCCGAUGGCGGUAGUUUAAGGGAAACUAGUCAAGCAUGACACACUGUGCCAUUGUGCCUUUUUAUCACUGUUGCACAUAAAUCGAUUUCACUUUUAGUCUUACUUUAGAAUGUGUACUUUUGUUUUUCCUGAAUAUCGUUGCCAAGCGCCCGGCGUUGUCUCUCUCGCGCUCGUGAAGAAGAAUGUGGCACUGGUUUUCCUCCCAUCUUGCAUAAAUCUGAUCGAGACAAAGCCUGAACCUCAACACUGUCUUCUUUUUCAUUUUUUUAUUUUAUUUUAGAAGUAUCUCUGUAUUUUUGUUGUUCUUGCAUAGAGGAUAGGAACAUAUAUGAAAUCUAAACUGCUCCCUUUGGAGUUUCUUUAUCUCAGGUUCCACUGAUAAAGCAUCCCAAAAGGCUCUUCUGAUGAAGCGAAGAAUUCAUGUUACAAAAAGAGUAAAAUUUACUGAAAACACGUCUGCUUUGUUCUUUUCUCUCUUUUCCUGGAAUCAUGCGGAACAGUUUGGUUGCUGUAUUCUCAACGUUCGGUGUGUCAUUUCUGAUUACCUCUUUCAGAGUUGGGUCAUGUUUUCAUCCGGGUCUGUUGGUUUCGUUUAUAUGUCUGCAGGUUUAUGCAAAAAGUAGAGGACUGAUUUCAAUAAAAAUACGUAAAAAGUUGGAAUCUUGCCACGUAUCCCUU